CUUGGAACUUGUGCCACUACUAUCCCUCAAAGCAACGUCAAUCAACGCGAACAGCCGAUGGCGUGAACCAACGACAGACUUCGUCCAACGAAGAACCAAGUAACUUCAAGUGCAAACAAUGUGGCAGAGUCUACAUGAGGCGUUACUCUUUGAACCGUCAUAUACGAGUAGAAUGUUUCAAGUUGCCGAAAUAUCAGUGCAACAUAUGUCAGGGUUGGUUCAAGUAUAAGCAUAACAUGACGGCCCACAUGAUGCUUCACACCGAUCAGCCCAAGUUUGCGUGCAAUAUUUGUUCCGAAAGAGUUUUGGGAGGUUGCUUGCAGCUAGAAAAAUUGGAACACAAAUAAAUAAGCGAAUAUGCACAAGAAACAAGUAACCACGAUUGCAACUAUUACUUGAACCACCAAUCUUUGAUACCAGCUUUAAAAAUUUAAUCAGAAAUAUCAAUUAAAGUGACGAUUGAAUCAAUUGUCUUUGAAAUUGCAAAGCUUUUGUGAGAAGCAAAUGUUUUCUAACAAACAGCACUUUUAUAUUGAAAAAGCCAAUUGCAAUUAUCGAGUAAAAAAGUAUGUUCACAGGAUUGAAAAUGUCUACUGUGAUGAAAGGCAAA